GGGGGCCUGCAGAGGCAGCACUUUGUGAUGGCAGUGCUGACCUGGGCUGCAGAGCAGUAGCAGGGCUUGUGAGUGCCCUUCCCCAGCAGGACUCUUCACGUCCAGUGCCUCAGCAAAGGCUAAAUAGCACCAUAAACGUAAGCAAUGCUUGUUCUUCCAGCAGUAUUUUUGAGUUUUACUAGCAUUGUACGUGUCCCUCUGUUGUGGUUCAGACCCAUCAUCGCGCUGUGCUCAUUCAUCCCAGAGCUGAAAUUGAUUCUCAGGUGAUGGCGUUUGAGCUACACUGUCACAAAAAGCACGUGUGCACAUACAGCUGAUGGAGAUGGAUCUCAGAUAAACCGAAGAUGUAUGUGCAAAGAUUGCAGUGCUAAACAAGCAGCAUACGGUGCCUGGAUUUCCUGGUAUGUGUGCCUUGUGUGGAUGGCCAUUCCUGUAAUGUUUGUAUUGUGAUGCAUUUUCUACCUGACAGGUUUUAAGCUGUACCUGCUGGUUGGUUAUUAAGGUAGAACUGUGUUUUGAGUAUAGCAGUCUUAGCAGAUGUGAGUUUGAAAAGUGGUUGCAAGGCUAUUGCUGUAACUCAUUUUUGUGGGCGCUGGCUGUGAUGUUCUGAGGAAAUGCAUUGAGCAGCCUUAGUUACAGAAGACCUGUGUGAUGUGAGAGCAGGGAGAGUAAAGGAAGUCAGGUGAGCUCAAUACCGACUUUGAGCUGGAAGCAAAUUCUCCGAUCUCAUUUCUACUGAACCCUGAUCCUGGAGGCAAACGGUUGCAGGAAUAUUACCCUUCUCUCCCAUGGCUUAGUCCUUAUCUGUGCCUCUUUAAUCCCGAUCAGUAGUCAGACUCUAGACCUGAGGUGUUCAUUCUGCAGUCCUGUGUACUGCUGCUGGUGAAAGUUAUUUCUCUCUCUGUGCAGUGAAGCAGUGACACGCUGCACACUCUGUACGUGGAAGCUCUGUACCUGACGUUUUGCCAUGCUGUGUCUUUGGAGAACUGCUGCCCCUUUGUUUAUCUCAACUAUCUCCACUCUUAGCAGCCCCUGCUCCUGUCUGUGUAUUUUACUGGGGCAGUGAGUGUGCCCAUGCGUGCUGAAUGCAAUGUGUAGUGAUCCUUGGUGCCAUACAGCCCCAGUAGCUGACGUGCUCCGUGCCUUCCUGCGUCUCUUUGGAUUUAAGUGGCAGCAUCUUUCCUCUGGACAGAAAACUUGGCCAUGUCUGUCUUUUUUUUUUUUUUGUCCCUUUUUUGUCUUUUAUCAAUCUUUAGGCUUAGCUUUCUUCUGCCUAUUACUUUUAAUUGUUCUCCAGUAAGUUUUCAUCAGUAUCUUCCUUAAGGUUUUUCUUUGUUUUUUCCCAGUGCUGCCUUCAGAUGCUUGCUAGUGCUCUUCAAGAAGAGGUGCUGCUUGUUUCCUCAGUCACAGGGCCUUCUCACCAGCUCCACCUUCCUGCUGGGCAGCCUCCACCAGAUCAGUAGUUGGUGAGCAGAGUGCAGGAAGGAGUGGUGACAGCUUCCAGUCUCUUGCUGUGCUUUUUUCCACGUUAAGUACAAGUUGAACCACAGUUUCUUGUUUGGUUGUAAAAAUAACCCGCUGUGUGGUUUUCUAUUAAUUUUAUUAAUAAUUUUGUUGCAAUUCCUCUUUGAAGAGGAAGCACGGUAAGAUUUUGCUUGGAUCUGUCAAAAAUGGCAUUGUGUAAUUACUUCCACACAGCUGUCUGCCUGUCCCAUGACUGGGAACUCAGCGGCUGUGGCUAAGACUGUUUUCUCCAGUUCCCCAUGUUUCAAAGGACUCUGCCCAAGCACGCUUGCUUUGGGCUCAGCAGGAAUUUUGCUCUGGAGUUAUAAUGAGUUUUGUGUUGAUCUCCUUGCACUCUAUUUGAUUGCAGUGCCAUUCUUCUGACAUCAUAUGGACCCUUGGGUUCAGUUGCUCUUCUUUCGCUUAUGUCUAAAUUAUUAAUUGUGGCUGCUGUCAUUUUGGCAUACCAGUUUGGGCAUACCAGUGACUAUAAUCAUGGGCUGGGCUGUCAGUCGGUGUGAUGCUGUGCCAUAAGGUGACCAGCUGAGCUUUAACAUCAGCACAAGUCCUGGGCACCCAUUGUGAGCUUUUCUCUCUGCAUGUUGCUUUUCCCUCCAGUACCCUCCUGUCUAUUUCCAGCCUGUUCUUACACGGAGGAUCAAUGGCCUACUUAUGAUGAGCUUGUUUCUGAACAUGACUUGCUUUCAUGCUAUAAAUGGUACGUAGCUGCCUAGCCAGGAAUCUAGUUCUCUGCAAAUGCAUUCCCAGGUCAUCACAGCAAGUCCAUAGAUUUUUCUGCAGGAUGUGGUAAUGUGUUUCUUUUUGUUGAAGACAGCAUUGUGGUGUUUCAAUGAACAUUAAUGAUGGUGACAUCAUAUCCUCUCCAGAAUCUGCUGCUGUGAGAGACCUGGCGGUGUCCUCUUAGGAGGCUGCAGCUCAUUUAUCUUUAUCCUUACUGGCCUGAAAGCGGGUCAGAUUAUUUUGGCAUUCAUAUCAGGAUGUGAAAUUUGCAAUAGAAGCGUGUUUACCAUUCCUCUGUGGAUCCCUGGGUUUUGGAAACUCAGUGUGUAACUGCUGUAAUGGUGACAUUGGUGGUGUUACAGUAGUGGAUGGCUUCUGAUAUCCAGAGUGAGUGAGUGUAAGCAAGGAAGGUUCACUAAGGCUGUAAUGUGAGAGCACUAUGUUAAUGUGGCCGUGACUGAAUCAGUACCACAAGAAGAUUAAAAGACAGUACUUGGGUGUUUUAAAAGGGUAACAGGAGAUCUAGGAGACUUUCAAGUCAUUAGCCUGAGGUGGUGCCUAUGCAGUUUUAAUGGUAAGAGUUAACUUGCAGUUCAAUGAAGGAAGAUUUAACAACUAAAUAUACUAAUGAAAGUGGAUUUAUCCUUUGGAAGGGAGGGUGUAAAAUGUGGCAAGUUCAUGAUGAUUACAGCCUGGUUGGUGGAAGUGGUAGAAUUGUUUCUCCAAAGCUCUUGACGUUGUGCUAUGGUUUGUCUGUUUUAAGAGCUUGCAUUACAAACAGGGUGUAUCAGAUAUAUUGCAAACCAGCUCAGUAGGCAGUGAAACAUCUAGGAAGUUUUCUUGGGAUUGAUCCUUGGGCUGCAGGGUAUGUAAUUCUCUCUAUCAGUCACAGCAGUGAGGAGGCAAUUACUGCUGGAAGAACUGGGAGGAUGAGGUAGGCAGCAGGGCAAGUCAGCAGUCCAGGGCAGCCAGCAGAGUAGCUGAACCUUAUCAGGGGACAGGUUAAAGACAACUGGCCCCAGGGCAGCAUGGCUGUGUGGGGAGCAUGGCCCGGUGUGACGCUGUAGCCCAGAAUUGCUCUAUGUGGCCUCUUCCACCGACCACCUGUGUACCAGCACGCUGUGUGUGCUGCCCAGCCCUUGCUUCUCGCCUUGCUGGCAUGCUUCUCUUUGGCAGUGAAUUUCAGAAAUCUGCUUCUUGCUCGAUGAAGGCAAUUAAACUUGUGAGCAAAGUUUUCUAUUUUUAGUCUGUCUGCCUUGAUCAUUUAAACGAUGAUUAUUGAGCUGAGCUAGCAGGAAGGAUGUCUGUGUUUACUAUUCAAAUUGAGCUGUUUGCUUAACCCAAAUUUAUUUCAACAUUAUAACUCUUACAAGUGCUAGAGCACUAAAAAAAAUGUUGGACAAGAAAUCGAACUUGUAAAAAUAAACAGUUGAAAGUAUUUGAGAUCAGUCCCACAGCUGCCCUCACAUUGUUAAAAGCAAUCUUUCCAAUCACUGAGGGAGAAUUGCAGAAACCAAAAGAAGAGCCUGGAGAAAAUGAAACCCUUCAGACGUAUAGGAUUGCAUGGCUGCAAGCUUCCGCUGGCAGAACGGCCACUUGCACUUAUUUUGGCGACAUGGGUUAUGGUUCCGAUUGCGGAGGCUGAUAAUCUGGCUGCUGGGAGUGUACAUAGCCAUUCCAUUUCUAGUGAAACUUUGCCCUGCUAUUCAGGCGAAGCUGGUCUUCCUAAACUUUGUGAGGGUCCCAUAUUUCAUUGACUUGAAAAGACCACAAGAUCAGGGCUUAAACCACACCUGUAAUUAUUACCUUCAGCCAGAGGAGGAUGUAACCAUUGGAGUCUGGCAUACGGUCCCUGCAGCCUUGUGGAAGAAUGCCCGAGGGAAGGACCAGCUGUGGUUUGAAGAUGCUUUGGGUUCCAGCCAUCCUGUGAUCCUCUACUUGCACGGCAAUGCAGGAACAAGAGGAGGGGAUCACCGUGUGGAGCUUUAUAAGGUCCUCAGCUCCCUUGGGUACCACGUGGUCACAUUUGAUUAUCGAGGCUGGGGUGAUUCAGUAGGCAGCCCAUCAGAGAGGGGAAUGACCUACGAUGCCCUUCAUGUCUUUGACUGGAUAAAAGCAAGAAGUGGAGAUAACCCUGUCUAUAUAUGGGGACACUCCUUGGGCACAGGGGUUGCAACAAACCUGGUGAGGCGCCUUUGUGAGAGAGAAACACCCCCUGAAGCCCUGAUACUGGAAUCUCCAUUCACCAACAUACGGGAGGAAGCACGAAGCCAUCCCUUUUCUGUGAUAUACAGAUACUUCCCAGGGUUUGACUGGUUCUUCCUUGACCCCAUCACGACAAGUGGGAUUAAAUUUGCAAAUGAUGAGAAUGUGAAGUACAUCUCCUGUUCCCUGCUCAUCCUUCAUGCUGAGGAUGACCCGGUGGUACCGUUUCACCUGGGAAAGAAGCUUUACAACAUUGCUGCGACAUCACGGAGUUUCCGAGACUACAAGGUGCAGUUUGUCCCGUUCCACACAGACCUCGGCUAUCGGCACAAGUACAUCUACAGGAGUCCAGAGCUACCUCGAAUACUGCGGGAAUUCCUGGGAAUACCUGAACAUGAGCAUCAUCACUGAAGACUGGCUGCUUGGCAGCACAGAGGUUUUCCUUUCUUUUCUUCCUCUCUCCUCAUUUUCCUCCCCUCUCCCUGUGGGUCAGUCUGCCAUUCUUCCAUCCCUGGCACUAGAGGAGAUCAGGAGUUCCCACUCCGGUCCUGAUGUGUACCCUUGGCAACUCCAGCUCCCGACAUCAGUACCUAUGAUGGUAGAAGGAGGAUACGGUUGGCUUCUUUUUUUUGACGUGGAUGGAGGGGUGAUAACAACCCAGGAGCUGGUACCAAACGGUGAACAAAGUAAGCACAACGGUGCCUGGCCAAUCCAGAGUGGUACUGCUGAGGACAGACAUACCUUGGACGUGUGUCAUGACCAAGGGUGUUUCUUUCACUUCUAAACGCUGCUGCUGGUUUUCGGAUCAUGCAGGCACUUCUUUGUUGGCAAAUGGCUUUUGCAGUGUCUCCAUACCACAGUUGUCUUGCUUGAGUUUGAGGUGUUUUCUUUCCAGGAAAUACGUUUUGCCUUCCCUUUUCGCUAAGUAGCUGUAAUUACAGAUCCACUGAAGAUCCAGGUGGUGAGAGGUAUUUUUAUUUAGCUCUUCAGUCUCAAUGUGUUGCAAGUGUUGGGCUAAUUGCACACAUUUUGGAAAUAAAGUGAAAGCUUUUUUUUUCUCUGCCUUUUUAGACAUCUAUUUAAUGGAAGAGAUUAAUGCCCUUUUAUCUUCUGUAUGCUUUUUUUUUCUCUGAACAUUUCUGCUCCCAUCUCUAUUAUCCUCAGUGGAGCUCCUCCCCUUCUUCACAUGCACUUUUUAAUAGGAUUGAAGUGGUUGCUGUAGAUAAAUUACAAGCUUUGGGCAUUAAACUGGAAAGCAUGAGGUUAUUUUGCCUGACUUUCCUCUUCCAGGAACGUGGGCCCAGGGUGUGGGAGUGCUCCUCAUACACACCUGGUAGUUAUGUGCUUUCUUUGGGGGGAAGGGCUUUUUUUUUUAUUAUUAUUUUAAAUUUUCCCUUAUUACUUUUUAAUUCCUUAGAUCAAGUUUUCCAGGACCUGGUGGCUAUGCUGUUCCUCUGUAGUUGAGAGCAGGCAGUGAUAUAUAGUUCUUGAUGCAAAAACAAGGCUGGGUUUCCUCCCCAUUUCUCCCUCCACCUCCCUUCUGCAUUCUGGGCACCACAGGCAAUUCCAGCAGCUGCUUUCUCAGCCCAUCUCAGUGCUGUGGGUGGAAAGGGAAGUGGAAAUGAGCCCUCUUCCAUGGGGAGACAUUCUGGGGAUGUCCUUACCCUGCUUCGGGCUACAACAGGGCCUCUUUUAUGCUACUGUUGAGCUCUGCACUGAGAGGAGAGAGGGUCUUCUGCAGGCUUGGUGGUGUCCUGCUGGGUCCCUGUCAGGCUACAGCCAAUUCCAGGUGCUGUAGGUUAGACACUACUAGUGCUCAAGUAGAUCAUGCUGCCUGAAAGGGUCCAUUCAGGGGUGUACAGCAUAGUAGAAACUGCUUGGCAUGCAUCCAGGUUAUACCUGCUGGCUCAUACUAGUUGCAAAGCAGACAGUAGCUUGUUCUUGUACUGAGAUUCUUCUGCUCUAAUGUGGUUAUUCCUGAAGUUUCUGACCCAUGAUACUCACAAGCUAACUGUGCCACUUAAAUUAUGUUUAACGCACUUGUAUUUAUUGCACUGACAAGAAGAGAAACACUUACUUGGCUCUGUAGAGAGGGACCUGUACAUUCCAGCUAAUGCUGCUGCUGGCAGUGGGCUUGGGCUGCCUCCUGCCCUGGGGCAGCACAGGAACUGUGGGUGUUGGUGAUCCGAGCACGUCCAUUCUUGUUCAGAGGCCAGUGAUAUGCUUGGAAAUUAGAACUGAAAUGUUUAUCUCAAAGUGGUGUAGUUUUAAUAAAGGCAUUGAUUGCUGAUCAUUUCAGCAACCUGUUUCA